AUGAAUGAGGGGGGGGUCGUUAGGGUUAAAGGGGGGUGGAUUUUAGGGAAGUUUAAAGAGAGGCGACGGAGUACUACUACUACUACUACUACUAUAUCGGCUCCUUACUCUGCUUUCGACAUUGCGAAUAAUAGUAAUCUGAAAGUCAACAACAAUUCAAGAUCGUCGAACGAAAAUUCAGUCGUUCCCACUUCGUACGAAGCACUGCCUAGUUUUAAGGAUGUCCCGACUUCCGAACGACAGCACUUGUUUGUCUCGAAGGCGAAGAUGUGCUGCGUUCGGUUCGACUUUACGGUCCCCACAAAGAACCUCAGAGAAAAAGAUCUCAAAAGGCAGAUACUAUUAGAGCUCGUCGAGUAUGUAGCUUCUGCAAACGAGAAAUUCACGGAAAAUCUCAUGCUCGAAGUCGUUAAAAUGGUAUCUGCAAAUAUAUUCAGAGAUUUCGCGCCUCGACCGAGAGAGAACAACAACAUACUAUUAAACAGCCUCGAUUUCGAAGAUGAAGAGCCCCACAUGGACCCCGCAUGGUCCCACUUGCAAGUCGUGUACGAACUUCUCUUAAGAUUCAUUAUUUCGCCAGAAACAGAUGCGAAGAUCGCCAAGAGAUUUAUCGACCACUCAUUCGUGAUGAAACUGCUUCAUCUCUUCGACUCGGAAAUCCCGAGCGAAAGGGAGUAUUUAAAAAGUAUACUCCACCGAAUAUACGGGAAAUUCAUGGUGCACCGCCCCUUCAUCCGAAAAACGAUCAACAACAUAUUCACUUCUUUCGUUUUCGAGGAGGAGAAACACAACGGGAUCGCAGAGUUUCUCGAAGUAUUCGGCAGCAUAAUUAACGGAUUCGCUCUGCCUCUAAAAGAGGAGCACAAACUAUUUCUCGUUCGGACGUUGAUUCCUCUGCAUAAACCGAAAUGUUUGGCGAUGUACCACCACCAAUUGUCGUACUGCGUCACGCAGUUUGUCGAGAAAGAUUUUAAGCUGGCGGAUAUUGUUGUAAGGGGAUUGAUAAAGUACUGGCCUGUGACUAACAGCACAAAGGAACUUUUGUUUCUUAACGAGCUUGAGGAGGUUCUAGAAGCAACACAUGCGUCGGAGUUUCAGCGGUGCAUGGUGCCUUUGUUCCGCGAGAUUUCGUCUUGUCUGAAUAGUUUGCAUUUCCAGGUGGCGGAAAUUGCGUUGCUUUUGUGGAACAACGAUCACAUUGAGAACCUAAUAAAGCAAAACCGCAAAGUUAUAUUGCCUAUUAUUUUUCCUUCUUUAGAAAGAAACGCUAGGCAACACUGGAACCAGUCUGUUCGUAGUUUAACCCUAAACGUACGCAAGGUUUUUUACGAUAUUGACCCUGAUCUGUUCGAAGUGUGCCAGAUCCGAUUCCAAGAAGAUGAAUCCAUGGAAAAGGAGAUCGAAGAGAAACGAGAAUCCACUUGGAAACUUCUAGAAGAACUUGCUUCGAAAAAAGUUGUAAGCAACGAAGCUAUUCUUGUCCAUUCAACUACAUCGGCUUCUUAGGACGAGUUGGUACUUGUUUUUAAUCGGUUUGAACGAAUAUUUCCCUUUUUUUUCGAUUAUUUUUUUCCCCUGUUUUGUUAGGGUGUGGAGAAAUUUGUUUUUACCUUUUAAACUUGUAAGCUUAAAUGUAUAAUUAUUAGUGCUAAAUAUAUAAUAUAUAUGCAUUUAUAGAUUAUUAUGACAUAUCAAAUAAUAAGUUUAAUAAUUUGAGA